AUGGUCUACGCCUCGGUGUCGUUGGCUCUCUUCAACAGCAUGGUGCUGGCCUACGUCAUCAUCUACCUCUACUACUCCAUGUGGAAUCCCACGAUGCUGCCGUGGACGCAGUGCGACCCCUCCUGGGCCGACGAGCAGUGCUACGUCAAGAAGGAAGGCAUUUUUCCCUGCAAGGAAGUGGAACAGAUGGCACUGAACAAGUACAAGCCAGAAUGGCUGCCCAAGAUUAGUCAACUGCAGAGUUUCGUACUACAGGCGGACGCCAACAGCACCUCUAACGGCACCGUCUUCGAAGGGAGGCCGCACGCCAGCAACUGCAUUAACGCCACACAAAUAUCGUCGUACCAUUUUUACUACAAGAGGGUGCUCGGAUUCAGUCCCCAAAGCAGAGAUCCCAAUUCGUACCAGGCUCACCUUGUGCUCGCCGUAGCCCUUGGCUGGUGUUGUGUCUUCGUCUGCGUCCAUGAUGGCAUCAGGUCACUGGGAAAGCUCUGGGGCAGAGCCGCCGAGCAAGUGAUCCUGUCGCUAGGCCUGGGAUACGGCACCGUCAUCUGUUAUGCCGGCUACGGCAGGAUCCGAAACAAGCUCAUAAAUGACCUAGAGAUUAUCAUCGUGACGCAGUUCUUUGCAAACGUUGGUUUCGGCCUCGUCAUCUUCUCCGUGCUUGGUUUUCUGGCGUCGGAUCUACAAAUAUACGUCGAGGACAUCAUCACUUCCGGCUUCGACCUUGCCUUCGUGGCAUAUCCGGAAGCCGUGAGUCAUUUCAGGAACGCUUCCCUGUGGGUCGUCUGCUUUUACGCGUCGUUGUUCUGCAUGGCGCUGAAUGCACAGUGCGCCACCGUUCAAGCCGUGCUCAGCCCCGUGCGGGACGAGUUUUCCCCCGCCGUGAGACCUCGUCGUUGGGUGCUGGCUGCCACCGGCUGUUUGGUGCUCAUGUUGUUCGGGUUGCCCAUGACACGACAAGACGGAAUCUUCACAUUGAAGAUGUUCAACGCCUAUUUCGGGGACCUGUUGCUGCCGAUGCUGGCGUUAUUUGAAACCUGCUUCGUCGUGCACGGAUACGGUGAGAAUAAGAAGGACUACGACGAGGCGCUGGCGGUCAACGAGGAUUGGGGUCCUCGGGAUCCCGACGAACGGUUGCGCUACCACGCGUUCCUCAAGAGUCAAGACGCUGAGGCUGCGGUCGACGCGCCAAGCGAGGACACCACGACGGACGCUCGCAGCCAGGGACGUUCAUCCGGCGAAGAAGGAGAAAGCGACAUCGAUGACAUGGUUGCCGUCGCUGUCGAAGAGAUCCCGCCAGAGGCCACUGCGGUCAUGUCGGACUCUAUUGGAGCUCAGUCGGAGGACGUCGCGCAGUGCUCGGACAGCGACCACAACGCAGGACUGGCGCGCACGCUGGUCAUCUCCGAGUCGGGUGUCUCUGUCGUCACCACUCCGCUGUCUGACGGCAAAAAGGGGCCACACAAAGCCGCCAGCGUCUCCUAG